AUCGUGGUGUUCUCCACUGCUGCGCGGACGCAGGAAUGGAUCAGUGCGCUUUUACGCACGAACACAUCAACUGUCACCUGACCAGCUGGCGUGAGCUGGCCUGAUGGACUGCAGACACCCACAGCGUUUAGUUCAGUCAUUGUAAAAACACAUAUUUCUAAACCUGUCUAUUAGUAAGAGCCGAGCGCUUGAUGAGUGGAAACGGCAGUAAAAUGCUGCCUUGGAAGAAGAACAAGUUUGAGCUGAUAGAGGAAGACAAGCAGUCCAAGCAGAAGGGCUAUGCGGUGAGCCUCCACUACUCCGCGCUCACCUCCUUGGCCAAAUCGUGCCCCGAGAGCGCGCUGAACAGAGUGGGAGGCAUGUUCAAGUCCAAGAGGAAAAAGGUGAAGAUCACCAGCGAGGACCCCACGUACACGGUGCUCUACCUGGGCAAUGCCACCACCAUUCAGUCCAAAGGAGACGGCUGCACGGACGUGGCGGUGAGCAAGAUCUGGGGCAAAAGCGAGAUGGGAAAGAACGGCACGAAGAUGCGGCUGACCAUCAGCUCGCAGGGGAUACGGAUGGUGCACGUGGACGACAAGGCCAGGAGGCCGGGACAUUUGUACCUGCUGCACCGGGUGACCUACUGCGUGGCGGACCCGAGGCUACCCAAGAUUUUUGCGUGGAUUUAUAGACACGAAAUGAAACACAAGGCGGUGAUGCUGCGCUGCCACGCGGUGCUGGUAUCCAAGCCCGAGAAGGCGAAAGCCAUGGCCCUGCUCCUCUACCAGACCUCUGCCACGGCUCUGGCCGAGUUCAAGAGGCUGAAGAGGAGGGACGACGCCAGGCACCAGCAGCAACAGCUGAUCGGGGAUCAGACGAUCCCGCUGGUGCCCCUCAGGAAGCUGCUCAACGGACAGUGCUGCUACAAACCUCCGGUGGAGCGCAGCCGGAGCGCGCCCAAACUGGGCUCCAUCACGGAGGACCUAAUCGGUGAGGAGGAGGAGGAGAAAGCGAUGCACUUCGAAUGCGAGGACAUCCUGGACACGGACGAUGCUUGCGAGGCGAACGGCAAACAGGAGCUGAGUCAGAUUAUUAACGACCUGGGAGAGAUGAGCAUAGGGAACGACGUGCAGACACUCAAAGCUGACCUCAGGGUCACCAGACUCCUGUCCGGGGAGAGCACGGGCAGCGAGUCCUCCAUAGAGAGCAGUCAGGAGCCCGCUGCGCUCCCAAACGGCAUGGGCGAGAGAAAGGCGCUGGAGACCGCCUGAAGAAUUUGGGCACUUUUACGCAUAGCUUUUACUGCGUCGUGCGCGCCUCCACAAGAGAACUAAACACCUGUUUCAAUCUGAUCUGCCCCUUGCCCCUGUCACAAAGUCAAAAGAAUUCAUUCCCCAAAAAGGAAUGAGUGACUUUAGGAGUGCGUAUCCAUCCGUGCGCCCUCGGACGCCACUCAUGCUAUUUUAUUUGUGGCUUUAUUGUAACUUCAAGCUUGCUUUUCCCCACUCCUGAAAAAUCUUUUUGUUUUUCUCCGUUAAAAUUUUUUCCAUCACACUCCCCCAAAAACUUUGCACGUUCUUUUUCUUUCCUAUGUGGUGAGUCGAAACAGGCGGCGUCCUCAAUUUUCCCCAUUUUCAGGGCUGCUUUUGCAUUUAGCCUGUUGAGUUAAAUUUGUUUUGCACUGUGGUGGAGUUUAUUCAAGUAUAAUGUCGGUUACCACCUGCUGUCUGUUUGGUAUCUUGUUCUUAACACAAAUGUCAUAUCUUUGCUGUGCAAAAGAGAAAAAAAAGACCUUUGUGUACUAAAAUGUAAAUUAAGAUGCUUUAAGUAUAAAUAUACUAUUUUUUAAAAAAAGAUGGAAAAAAAUGUGGUUUGGUUUGUGAACCUCAGAAUUUCAAAUAAAAACAAAAGAAAAAAAAUGAU